CUGCAGCAGUGCAAAUUCUGUGGGCACUUCGUUGGCAGCUGCUUUGGAGGUGGCAAGUCAUCUCUCUCUCUCUCUCCCCGCUGCUGACUUGUGUCUCUGCCAGCCAUGAUUUUGUUGUGCAUCCUCAUCCUACUGGCUCUGUGCGGGCCUGCACAGGGCGCCUGUGGGAAGACCUGUGGACUCCGGCCCAUGCCUCCUAUGGUCGGCUCAUCACGUGUUGUGGGUGGCACAAGUGUCAUGCCAGGGUAUGGGGCCUGGGCUGGCCUUGCCAGUGUCCGCACUUACUUUGAACCACCACUAUCUAUGCACAACUGUGGAGGGACCCUCAUCAGCCCGAAGUGGGUCCUCACAGCAGCCCACUGCUUUGACAACGUCACAAAUCCCAUCAAGGAGUGGGCAGUCGUGCUUGGAGGCACCUCGUUGGGCCAGAUAGGCCCUGAGGUGGAAGUGCACCGGAUUAAGCGGCUGAUUAUACACGAAAAAUAUAAUGCUGCUUAUAUACUUCAUGACGUUGCCUUGCUGGAAUUGGUGCGUCCAGCAAAGUGCAGCUUCACCAUUCAGACCGUCUGCCUGCCUAGUCCUUCAACGAAACUGCCGGAGCUGACUGACUGUUACGUUGCUGGCUGGGGUGACAGAAUUGUAAAAUCUGCAGGUAAUGAUAUCCUGCAGCAGGCCAAGGUCCCGUACGUGGAUAGGAAGACCUGCAACAGUAGCGACUGGCUGGAUGGGAUCGUCUACGACUUCCAUGUGUGUGCUGGGCGAGCCGGCCUUUCCACCUGCCAGGGUGACAGCGGGGGACCUCUUGUCUGCCAAGAUAAGAGACGUGGCUUUUACUGGCAAGUUGGUGUGACCAGCUGGGGAAUAGGCUGUGCUAGAUAUAAACGGCCUACAGUCUUCAGCUCCACUCAGUACUACUACAACUGGAUCCGGUACAAGACGGGAGCAAGUUUAAAUAUUCCAGUAGUUACUCCAGCACCAGCACCAGCUCCAGCCAUCACCUCAGCCCCUCUGCAGACAGUACCUCCAGGUCCAACACAACCCUGUCCAUUCCCACGUGAGAAGCUGCUGCAAUUCUUCAAUCUGCUGAAGGACAUCUUGCGGUACCUAAAGGAAAAAAUAUUUUGAAGACCAGAAUGGACCAGCUGCAGUUUGGGCUGUAGUGGACCACAACCCUUUCAUUCUGAGUUAUAUUAAUUUGAAUUUCAUUAAAUUGAAUUAAAUUUUGAAUUGUAAGCAAAAAAA